AUGUCCUUCUUCAGCCCCCCGAACUGUUCCGUCGACCCCGCCACCAUCUCCGUCGCUGGCAAUGCCGGUAUCGCUGGAGUGGCCGUCUUGCUCUCCUUCACCAUCGCCGCCACCAUCGCCCUUCUCCUCAGCUGGUCCAUCGUCUUGUUCGAGCGGAAGGAACGUCCCUCCAGCAUCCGCCGCAAGCUUCUGAACGGUUACUCCGAUACGCAGAUCCUCCAGGGCAUCGCCAUCUCCAUCCUCGGGCUCGCCACCACAAAUCGCAUCGUCCCCUACCACUUUUUCAUCAUCUGGUGUCUCUCCAACAUGAGCAUGGCCGUCCACAACGCUACACUCUUGAUCUACGGUCAGCUUCUCCGCCAGGACUGGCUACUCCGUACUCUCCGACAGAGUCUCAUGACCGUCAACCUCGCGCUCAACUGCACAUACGGCGGCGUCAUCCUGCAGAGCCUGGGCAAGGGCAUGAAGGACUCCAAGCUGCCCGUCGGCUGUGUAUGGUCCUCCUUCAACGGGACCACCGGCGGGGGCUCCUUCAUCGACUACGCGGGCACGAUCGCCGUCAUCGUCGCGAACGUUCUCGUCUUCUUGGGCGCUAGCUGGUACAUCCACUCGCGGGGGAAACGCUUCGCCAGGCCAAUGAUCAUGGGCGGCCUGGCCCUCAUGACGGCGUCGGCGAUUGGUGCCGCUGUGCGGUCCUUCAUGGCCUCGUCCGUCUUUGGAUCCGGGCCCCAGGGCUACAAGCUUGCUGACAACAGCGAGGAGAGGUGGGAAUUCGGGCAGUUCCUGUCUAUCCUGGUAUUGCUGUUCCCGAUAGUCAACUUGCUGGAAAUCUGGCGGGGCGAGAUCAUGGUGGCAGAGCCCGUCUGCGAAGAAGCCGAGGACCAAGAGAAGAUGCUUUAA